ACUGUCCCUGUCCCUGUCCCCGCGCAGGGAUGCCCCGGCGGCGGGCGGUGCCCGCGCUGACCGCGCUGUGCCUGCAGAGCCUGGCCCAGCACAUGCAGAGCCUCUGGGCCAGGGACUACAGUGACAACUACCUGGACGAGUACGAGUUCCGCUUCCUCGUGGGGCCCUUCAACGACCUGGCCUGCGGGCUGGUGCAGGAGCUGCUGCAGCUGCUGGGGACGAGCCGGCGGCUGUCGCGGGCGGCGCUGCACCUACUGCUACUGCCACACCUGCGGCAGCUCAGCCUGCGGGCCUGCCCCGCCCUGGCCAACAACGCCCUGGGGCACCUCAUCGUGCUGCGCUGCCAGGGCCUGAGUGUGCUGGACCUGGGCGGCUGCGGGCGGCUCUCGCCCUCCGUGCUGGUGGACCUGGCCGAGGGGCUGCCCCGCCUGAGCCGCCUGGGGCUGGCCCACACCCAGGCCAACAUCCAGGUGCUCUCGGCCGUGGGCUCCUGCUGCCACCACCUGCGGGAGCUCGACGUGUCCGGCUGCAAGAAGGUGACGCCGCGCGCCCUGCGCCACCUGGGCUACGACCCCGUGGAGCGCAGCCCCGGCUGCCCCACGCUCCGCGUCCUGCUGGCCCGCGACCUGCAGCACGCCGGGGACGGGGACACGGUGGCUGCCGUGGCCUUCCUGCUGCUGGCCCUGCCGUGCCUGGAGGUGCUGGCACACGGCGCCCUGCCGGAUGCGCUCGGGCUGCUCCAUUCGGGGCAGCUGGACGGCACCGAGGACUCCGAGGGUUUCCCCUCGCUGGAGGAGCUGGCGCGGGGCCGGGGGGCUGCAGCAGAGGGAGCCCCGCUCACGCUGCCCCUGCGGCAGCUGGAGGAGGUGGCAGAGGACGCGCUGGGCACCGUCCACGCCGUGUGUCCCCAAGCCGAGGAGGUCAGCGUGUGGCUGGGGGACAGUCCCGGCCCCUCAGGGCUGCGGGAGCUGCCGGGCUGGAAGUGCCUGUCCCGGGUGACGCUGGGCUGCUCCGGGCGGCACGGCCGGGCGCUGGCAGAGGUGCUGCCCCUGGCACAGGGCCUGGGCACCCGCCUGCGCGCCCUGACCCUGCACGGCUUCAGCUGCUGGGACCCUCUCUCGCUGCCCACCCUCCUCGCCAGCUGCCCCGGCCUGCAGAGCUUCAGCGCCGAGCUGGAAGUGCCGCCAGACCCCCACGCCCACCACGAGCCCCCCGAGGAGGAGCCCCCCGCCCCGCCACCACGCUGGGCCACCGACCUCCUACCCCGGGGGCUGCCCCGGCUCCAGAGCUUCUCGCUGAGCCUGGCCGGGCCGGUGCCGGCGGCGCACGGGCCGGUGCUGAGCUCCACGCUGGCCUCGCUGCUGUGCGCGGCCCCGCGGCUGCAGACGCUGCGCCUGCUGGCCGUGCCCUUCCCGCUGGACUCGGUGCUGGAGCCGGCGCUGGCGGGGCCGGCGCUGCGGGAGCUGCGGGAGCUGUCGCUGGCCGAGAGCCGCGUGUCCCCCGGCACCGUGUGGCAGCUGCUGGGCUCCGAGGGGCCCCUGCGGCGCCUGGAGCUGUCCCGCUGCCCCGACAUCCACCGGCGCGACUACGACAGCUUCCUGCAGGCCGUGAGGAAGCAGCGGCUGGACCUGGACAUCACCUGGGAAUAGCGCUGGGGUUUUUAAUAAAAGCGUCACAGUCACA